AUCCGUUUGGACCGCUUGUGAGAGCCCCGAAUGCAUCUCACAAAUGGAAAGCCAAAACGCAAGUGUGAAAGUAGACUAACAAAAUAAGUCUGCAUUAACCAGGGUGUGCAUUCAGAUGAAUGGGUGAGGGGUGCUGCAAAGGAACCAUGACAGGUGGUAGCCCCACACUUUGACCCUGGAGGAAUUCCUGAGGAGCAGGCACGAGGUCCUUGCACUGUCAUAAGAGGGCAGCCUAGAUCAGGGCGUUGAACUUAGGACUUCAUCUACACAGGCAGUGGCAGAGGAGGGUUACCAGUCUGCUCCCAGAGCAGUAAUCACACCCCAGCCUGCAAGGGACACACCAGCGCUGUGCUGGCAGCGGCCAUUCAUUCCAAUGCUUGAAACCGAAAGUGGAAACACGGAAGCUGAGGAGGAAAGCCCCUAGGAGGGCCAUGGAGUCGGCGGGGUCCUGCUAUUCGCACAGUCCCAGCUGCAGACUGGAGUCCUAGACUCCUCACAUGGGCUGUGCCAGGAGGCAGCCACUUCUCCCAGACACCUCAAGAUGACUACAACCCACCGGCUCAUAUACCCACCUUCCAGACAAUGGUAAAUGUUUUCCUCAAAUAUAGUAUCGCCAUUCCCUUCCUUAUAAUAUUGUUGACAACAACCAUUUCCCAUUCCUGUGUAUACAAUAAAACCGCAAUGUUGAUCACUCAUCGGUUUGUCUUGACAAGGAUCAUUGAGAAUGUGGAAGAUUCACUGAAGACGAAUUUUAGCUCUUGCUGCAACACAAGAAAAGAUACAACGUUUGUGGAUGUAUGCAACAAUUUCACAAAGGUAGACGAGACACGAAGAAACUUUAGCUCAAACUGCUACAAUAAUUCCAGAAAUAAAACAUAUUGUUGUCAAUUCAAGAACUUGUUUUACGUGGGCUGCUUACUCGGGCACUACACAAGACAUCUAAAGCCCAAUAAGUCAUCUGCAAUUGCUGAACUGAAAAGUAGACUAAACGAUCUUGUACAGCACAACAAUGACUAUCUCUGCGUCAAACCUAUAAGAAAGAAACAGAAACAACUAAGAAAAAGACACACGCAAGAGCACAAGACUCCUCGUAAUCACAAGUGUCGCAGGGAAAUCUGCAAACUAAAUGACACCCUUCAAAGAUACGUAGCAAGCUGGCAAGAGUUCAGCGCUUCCACUGACUGCACAUAAUGGUCUUUAUCAAAUAACUUGGUUCUCAGAAGGAAAUCAAUAUACUUGUAAAUAUAACUUUUACUGAACAAUGGGUGAUCACUACGGAUUAUCAUGGUUUCAACAAAUGGUAACCUAUUUCUCUUUUCACGAAAACUCCAGAUGAUAGAUGACAAAUUGACAGGUCUUUCUUUUCCGUCCUGCAUAGAGCAAACCAAACGGAUCCGUUACAAUGGCCGUAAACCUGUAUUAAGAUGGAUCAAAAUGGAAUGCCUCUAAUAGUUUCUGUUUUGAAUUCCAUCUAACUAAUUCCGUUAUUUUCCGUUAUAAACAUGUUAUAAUAGACAACAAUGACAGAAUUCAUAACAGUGAUGUGAGCCUGUCCUUACUAAUGUAUUGUGAUUGUCCAUACUGCCUCCUUUGCUGGCUUGAUUCAUUUUCAUUAUACACUUCUUGUUUCCAUCGUUACGACCACCUUGCAAUAUGGCAGUGGUGGUCGUGCUUGCAUAUUAUAGGAAAAAGAGCCUGCCUAUCUGGUAGCCAGGUCCAUGGGAGUGCAGAUAGGAUAGCGCUUUUUCCUGGUUGUAACCAUGGAAACAAGAAGUUUAUAAUGCAAUGGAAAAAUGAAUAAAACCAGCAAAUGAGACAAUAUAGAUAAUAACAAUACAUUAGAAAGUGUCUUAUAUUAACUUUAUUUACAUGAUAAAUACCAUUUGCCGAAGUGAGACAAUCCCUUUAAUGAGCACAUUUGUAAAACCCCUGCUGACUUGCCAUAGUUAUUUGGGAAACUCAUUAUCAAACCAACUCUGCUAUAUUUAACCAAAAAGUGCUAUGUUUUAUAUCAGAAUGGAAGAAAUACGGGCCCCACUCGCUGAUUCUAGGACAGCAGAUGAGGAGAUCGGCAACCUUUAUACAAUAAUCUCCAUACAAACAGCUGGUGCCGACAAUUGCAUAAAACUAGAGGCAGAAUUAUAAAACUGUCUUUGUUGCCCUCAUUUGUCUAGAGCAGAAUAUUAAAUGAAACCUGCUGUGUGAUUGGUUGCUAUGGCCAACAAAGACUGGUUUUCUUUCAGGUUUUCAGUACUUUGUAUAUCAAUUCAUUUCGAUUUUCAAAAUCUCUGCUUGUAAUUAUUCGCACUUUUGCACAUGUUCCUCCAUACACUCCUUGUCACAGGUGGGCAAGGGGUGUAUGGUGCAGGCUCAGGAGCUGAGCCCUCUCCAUACAAAGUGGAUACUGGCUCUUUUACACAGUUGGCACCAACUGCGGCCUUUUCCUCGGCCAGUGACCUCACGUCCAUUGGUCUCAUAGCCUUUGUGCAGCAGUCCCAUUA